AUGGAGCGUCUGUGGCUGGCUGCGUUGCUUGGAUCCGCUGCUGGGAGCCCGGUGAAGAAGUGGCAGAUCCAUGGGCCGUUCAUUGUCGGCAAGAAUGAGCUGGAUGGAGAGCCAUGGCGAUCUUCGAAUGCCACAGAACUCAUGUCCGGUGGAGUGGCGACAACUCGGCGCCUCACUGCCGACUCCGCUGGAAAUGUGCAAGUGAGUUGGCCUGAGGUGGACUGGCAAUCCCUCGUCUCUGCUGUGGGUGGGCACGAGCUGCUUGAGUGGCAGGCGCGAGCGACGGGCAGUCUCAAGGUAUCUGAGGAUUCAGACAUGCUGGUGGGCUGCCAGGGCGUUCCAGCCUUCCAGUUGGAUGGGCAGGCUUUUGUUGGCGAUCUUUACCAUGUUGGGCUUCCGCGGUGGCCAGUGCACUUGCCAGCAGGCAGCCAUCGUAUCCAGCUUCGGCUUCGUGGGAAGAUACAAACCCAGUUCGCCUGCUUCGUUGAGAAGAUCCGAGCUGAAGCGUCCCCACUUCAGCUCUUCGGCGAGAGUUUCCUCGCGGCCCCAGAUCUGGUGGAAAGCGCAGGCUCUGUGGCAUUGAGCUCGCCCCUUCUGUCCGUCGGGUUGGCGAACUUGAAUGCCCCACACAAGGAGGCGGAUGGCGACGCUUGGAUCCGUGACCUGCGCCCAAAGCUGGUGGCCGCAGAUAGCGUGGGCAGCAGGUCCUUGGGCUUGGCCCAUGACCAGCCGCCGCCGUCUUCCCUUCCACCCGGAACCUCUGGGCGGAUGACCAUCCAUCUGGAGCUCGGCAAGCCGGAAGUUGGCCAGACAAAGGGCGAGGCAUGUCACGGGGAGAAGAGCCUGCGAUUGACCUUCGAAGGGACCGUGGCUGGCAAGGUGGUGCAAAGUUCACCCCUUCGUGUGAAGUUGCAGUGCCGACGGAGCACGCAGAGCUUCGUGUACACCUUCCGGGAUGUCGAUGGCUCCACGCAGCAUGCAGCUGCGGUUCUCCCUCAGACUGACUGCGGAGGCCGCGCUUGUCCUGUGCUCAUCAGCCUAUCUGGAACGAGCAUCAGUGCCAGAGACAGUGCUGACUCCUACAAAUUCAAAGCGCGUGGUGCCGAAGACUACACGUUUGGCGUCCAUGGUGCCUGGCUCAUCGCUCCCACGCGACAUGGGGCCCACAACUGGGAAGGCUUCUUUUACGUCACCAAGGACCAUCUCCUGAUUGGGUGCUGCUGGCUGCCAUUCGUGGCCCAUCAGUUGCUUUUUUCAGGGGAUUGGCAACCCCGUGCAUGGGACGCACCUUCAAUCUGUGGUUGUUGGUUGCCACUGCACUUUUUUCUAGCGCUGGCGCGCCUUUUCUCUGGAGAGGAGGCGUGGCAUCGCCGCUUACGUCGUCGCCGAACUUCGGCGCGACUUACACUGGGGCUUUUCUUGAAGGGUCAGGAACUACCUCAAGAGCGGGUUCAGGCAGCAAUCGCCGUCCUGCAGAAGCACCACUCAAAGAGUUCACUUCCUCUACGUGCACUACGCAAGCUACAAUCCCCCGGAGCCAUGGGAGGGAAUGGGCAAUGGAAGUGCCGACACUGCAAGCAACAUUGCAAGGCGUCGGCUCUGUAUUGCCAAAGUUGUGGCACGUUCUGGCAGCAAGCUAUAGAAAAGGAGCCGAAGUAUGCGCAUGCCGCUCAACCCUCGGAGCCCUGGAGUCGCGAAUGGGCGGACUGGGAGAGUGGUUGGGAAAGCCCACGGCAGCGUGGGGGUUCCCCGAGAAGACGCGGCCGCGGCAAGGGCGGCGGCAAACAACAGCAGGGCAAAGACAAAGGCAAAGCCAAGGGCAAGGGAGAGUCAUCGCAGCCGGCUGCUUCGCAGCCACCUGCCCUGGCCUCUUUGCCGAAGCCGCCGCAGCCGGCCAUGCUGCCACAGCCCCCGGAAGCUGGGGGAGCGGGAGCCAGGCCCAGUCCUGGCGAUCCAGCAUUGCAAGCUCUGCUGGGAGCCUUGGCACAGAGUCGGGAGGAGUUACCGAGCAGUAUCAAGGAUAUCCUAGACGCCCACAUGCAGGCCGACCACAAGGCAUUCUCGCGGUCCCUUCACAAAGCAGUGGCUGCACAAGGUGCAGCUCGACGAGAGCUCAGUGCUCUCAGAGUGGCUCGCCGAGAAUACACACAGGCCUGGCUGGUCUAUGUCGAGGGGCUAUGCUCGACGUGGACAGCCCAGAUUGCGGAGAAGGCCUCGGUCAUGCAGAAGUUUGCAGAGCAGGAGGAAAAAUGGGAAGCCCAGCUGACCGACUGUACAAAAACGAUCGCUCAGCUGGCUUCCGAUGCCAACCAGACAGGCAACAGCGCGGAACCCAUCGAAGUGGACGAAGACGAAGAGGAUUCCAUGAUAGAUGCCUCGGCGCAACAGGAGGCACAGCGACAGGCAGCCCUGGAGCGGGUUUUGGGACAGGAGACUCAGAUCACCCAGGCCCUACAGGAAGCAGCCAAGGCAGCAGGCGAGCAAGCAGAAGCCUUUGCAGAAAAGGAACGGGAGCGAUCUCCGCGACGGAGAAAGCCAGAAACUGCAAAGGAUGGUGCUGCCUCACGACAGCCGCUACUGUCUACAAACAAAGCGGGCGCCGACGCGAAGUCGGAGGGCCCUCAGUAG